AUGGCGCAGAACCUCGGUCCCCUGGUGCACCUCUGGGGCAUCGACCCGUCCCAGCUGCCCGCGGAGACGGCGUCCGGCACAGCUCUCACGCCUCUCCUCACCGACCUGCUGUCCGAGGCGCUGCCCUUUAUCGACGACUUGCCCGCCGGCGGGCAGGACGCUUCCUCGUCCUGGAAAUUCCGCAAGACGCACAGCUACCCCUCGUCCGCCGCGUCCGUCGACGUAUACGAGAAGAAGCUCCCCGCCGACGCCAUGCGCCGCGUCGCCGCCGCGCACAAGAAGCAGCUGCCGCCCCACGUCCAAGCCAGCAAGACGGCCGCCGCCGAGACGUGGUUCCUGCGGCGGAGCGUGCACGAGGACGCGGCCCGUUCUGCGACGGCAAGCUGGGACGAGUUUGCCGCCAGCUUCAAGACACACCACGCCGAGUCGGAGAUGGCCUUUACAGCGUCCGUCGUGGGCACGACGCCGCGCCGGCAGUGGGACUGCAGCGGCGUCGCGAUCCAGCUUGGCGGGGAGACGUGGACCGACUGGACGCUCAAGCUCGAGGAGUCGGUGCACAAGCUGCCGUUUCCGCUGCAGAAGCGCGUGUUUCCGGUGCUGCAGGCAACGGCGGCCGUCGAGGGCCGCAGGGAGUUUGUCGUGGUGCAGGUGUUUUACGCAGGCGGGCCUGCGCCGGCCAACGCCCAGGGCACCGUGACGGGCGCGUACACGAGUAUUGAACGAGUUCGCGAGAUUCCGGGCGAGGCGGGUGGUCAGAGCCAGAUUGAAUGGGUCAUGGGCACGGCGUCGGAUGCCAUGGGUGUCUUGCCCGAGUUUGUCCAGGCCCUUGCGACGCCGGACAUGGUGUCCAAGGACGUCGACUUUUUCCUAUCGUGGGUGGCCAGGCAGCGAGAGUAA